AAUGAAUUGGAAUUUAUAAUAAUAGAAGUUUGGACAAAUGAAGGAAAUAUUAAAAUAGUAAAUUAUUAUAAUCCUUGUAAGAAAUUAACAUUGGAAAACUUAGAGGAACUUGCAAUAAAUUUAGAGGGUAAGGUUAUUUGUUGUGGAGAUUUUAAUGGGCAUAAUAUGUUGUGGGAUAGUUAUAAUGAUUCAAAUGGGGAAGUAAUAGAGGAAUUAAUGGAACUAAAAAAUUUAGUAUGUGUAAACAAUGGAGACGGUACUAGAAUAAAUGUGGUAAAUGGGAAGGAAACGGCAGUUGAUUUACAGUUGUAUCGGAAGCUAUAGCAGGGUUAUGUUGGUGGGAAAUUAAUAAAGAUAGUAUGUUAGGAAGCGAUCAUUAUCCAAUUUUUAUAGAAGUAGGUAAAGAAACGAAAUAAAUGAAUCAAAUGGGUCAGAAAGAUGGGUAUUUAGUAAAGCAGAUUGGGUGAAAUUCAGGGAGAUAAGUGAUGAAAUGAUGGGAGUAAUUAAUGUUGAUGAGGAAAUAGAGGAAUUAAAUUGAGUAGUUAGUGGAGUUAUAAUAGAAGCAGCAAAACAAUCAAUUCCAGGAAGUUUAGGGAAUAGGAGAAAAAAGAUUGUCCCAUGGUGGACGGAAGAAUGUGGGAAAGUAAUAAAAGAAAGGAACAAAGUUUUUAAAAUACUUCAAAGAACACACAAUUUUGAAGAUUUAAUCAAGUUUAAAAAGAUGCAGGCAAAGGUAAGAAGAACUAUUAAAACAGCAAAAAGGGAAUAUUGGAGAAAGAGAUAUUUAUAAAGUAUGGGGUAUGAUAAGCAAAAUGAAUGGAAUUAGGAGAGAGUUUAGAUAUCCUACAUUAAUAAAUAAUGAAGGCACAGCGGUGACAGAGAAGGAGAACGUGGAAAUGAUUAUGAAAACAUUUGUCAAAAUCCAUAGCUCGGAUAAUAUCAGCAAAGAAGGGAGAAUCAAAAAGUAUACUUUUAGAGUUAUAUAAUAAGGUAUGGGAAAAGGGACAACUACCUUGUUGCUGGAAAGAAGCUGUAGUAAUCCCAAUACCUAAAGCUGGGAAAGAAGGUAAAAGGUCAAGUGAUUACAGGCCAAUUUCUCUUACUUCACACUUAUGUAAGGUAAUGGAAAAAAAUAUAAACCAGAGAUUAACAUAUUUUAUGGAAACUAAAGGGAAUAUUUGUAAUUAUCAAAGUGGAUUUAGAAAAGGUAGAUGUACUAUGGACCCUACAGUAUGUCUGGAACAUGUAAUAUACGAAGAGCUCAGGCUAAUAGAGAAAGUGUAGUGGCAGUAUUUUUUGACAUCGAGAAAGCUUAUGAUAUGAUGUGGAAAGAAGGGUUAAUAAUUAAAUUGAGAAAAGCAGGAGUUAAAGGAAAAAUGAUAAGAUGGAUUGGAAGUUUGGAAGAUCUAUUCAAAUAAAGAUUGGGAAAGAAUUUUCAGAGAUAAUAAAUGUAGAAAAUGGAACACCACAAGGAAGUAUAAUUAGUCCUUUAUUAUUCUCUAUUAUGAUUAAUGAUGUGUUUUUAAGUAUUGAAAAAGGGAUAGGAAUUUCUCUUUAUGCAGAUGAUGGUGCAAUCUGGAAACGAGGGAGGAAUAUAGAGUUUAUGGUAAGAAAAGUGCAAGAAGCAAUCACAGAAGUAGAAAGGUGGUCAUAUAAGUGGGGUUUUAGAUUCUCUGUUGAAAAAACAAAAACUUUAUUCUUUUUAAAAUGUAGAAUUAGUAAAGAGGUAAAAUUGGAAUUAUAUGGUCAAGAAAUAGACAGAGUAUCGUGUUUUAAAUUUCUGGGUAUAUGAUUUGAUGAGAAACUCACGUUUAAAAUAUACAUUCAAAAAAUUGUUGCUAAAUGUAAAAAGGUAAUGAAUGUUAUGAGAUGUUUAGUGGGGAAAGAAUGGGGGGCUGAGAGAAGUAUAUAUACGGGUUUGAUAUAUAGUGUAUCAAUCUGCUGCUAAUACUGUGUUAAAAGAGGUGGAUAAAGUUCAGUACAAGGCAUUAAGAUUAUGUACGGGGGCGAUGAGAUCUACACCAACUGCAGCCUUGCAGGUUGAAAUGGAAGAAAUGCCUUUAGAUCUUAGAAGAAUUGAACUGUCACUAAGAUAUUGGGUCAAUAUAAUAGGACAUAGUCAAGAACACCCAGCUAGGGUAGUUCUAAAACCUUUCUGGGAAAAAGGAAAGAAAGAAAUCAAAACUUUUGGAUGGGAAGUGCCUAGAGUGGUAAAAGAAAUGGAAAUUGGUGAAACUCCAAUAAGUCCUACAGUUGCAUGGUCAACAAUCCCUCUGUGGAUAAUAUCUCAACCUACGGUAGAUAUGACAUUGUUAAGUAAGGAAAAUAAGGAUGAGUUAAAAUCAAAUGCUCAAAUAACACAUAAGUACAUUCAUGAAAAUUAUUAUGGCUAUGUUCAAAUAUAUUCUGAUGCAUUGAAAAAUAUGGAAGACAAAGUAGGUGUGGCAUUCAAUAUCCCAGAAUUUAAUGUCAAAGUCAGUAAAAGAAUCACAGAUUGUCUGUCAAUAUAUACUGGUGAAAUGAUUGCAAUUUUACUGGCAUUGCAAUGGGUGGAGGAAAAUAAGCCAAUGCGGACACUCAUAUGUUCUGAUUCAAGUUCAUCUUUAAUUACAAUUAAAACAUGUCAUUCAGAGAGCAGAGCAGAUAUAAUGAUUGAGAUUCUUCAAACAAUAUACAGGAUCCAGAUGAUGGGAAUAUGUGUAGCUUUCUGUUGGAUACCAGCGCAUGUGGGAGUAAAAGGAAAUGAGUUGGCAGACGAAUAUGCAAAAGAAGCAACAAAGAAAGUAGACAUAGAUAUGCAGAUUAAAUAUGGUAAGAGUGAAAUGAAGUGUUUAAUCAAACAACAUGUGAAGAAUAGAUGGCAGAAAUUUUGGGAAGAAGAAAGAACAGGGAGAUGGUUUUAUAGCAUUCAAAGAAUUGUUGGUAAAUAUAGAAUAGUAGGAAGAAAUAGACAUGAGGAAACUAUAGUCUCAAGGCAUACUGCUCUUAAUAGCAGUUUGAAGAGAAUGGGGAGACAUGAAACUGGAAAAUGUGAAUAUUGUAAUCAAGAGGAAAAUGUAGAACGUUAUAAUGAAAUGUCCAAGGUAUGGCAAGGAAGGAAAGAUACUGAUUGAUGACCUCAAGGAAAAUAAAGAGAGGUUUGAGUUGAUAAACAUUUUGGGGAGUAAAUCAGGGGAUAAAAACUUUCAAUUUUAAUGCGGUAUUUAAAGGACACGGGAUUAUAUAAUAGAAUAUAGAGAUUUCAGGGGUAAACUAUGAUCCUGACCCACACUCCUAAUCAGAAGGUGACGCUAAUGCACCUAAAACUUGUAUGCCACCCGCCAUUAAAACACCAAGAAGAAGAAGAGGAGGCGACAACAGGUGUGUGUAUUGGUAGUGGGGAAGCACACAGUUUUUGACCGUUUUAGGUCGUGCUUCAUUAUGUUAAACAGGCUUUUUGGAUUAUGUGUUGGACCGUGUUGAACAGUAUGCUGUAUCUACAAGGUAUGGAGUUUUGUGUGGACUUUUUGUGAGCCAAACAAAAUGACAACACAGGAAGCUAACUGAAGCAAUGUUUAUUCACUGAAGCACAAUAAAGAAAGAGACUAUUUGCAUCUUACAUCUGUUUGCAUAGACUCUAAUUUUUACACAUCAACUACUUGCUCUCUUCUAUUACCAAUACCAGCAGUUUAAUGGAAAGCUGCUACAUAAAGUCAAAAACUGUGCUUCACUAAGUAGCGAGCAUGGAGGCUUCGUCGCGGAAAUGUGACGGUAAUUGUGGAUUGUUCCUGUUGGAUGCAUGUGGAAAUGUGUGUUGCUGGGACAUCGCUUGAUUCAUCGCUGGAGUAAAAGUCAACGCAUUUGUUUCGCCGGACAGAAGGAUGGAUAAAGGACAUGGACAUUUGGAGAAAGAUUACGUGUUGCUGCACGUGAGGACAUCAUUUUGUCACACGUCUCUGGAUUUAAUCAGUGGCUUUAUUUGACUUGGUGGAUUCGUUUUGCAUUAUAUUUCUUCCCGUUUGGAGGAUUUGUUGUUGGAUUUACUCUGCGCGCUCUGCUGAAUCAGGCCUGGUCCCUCGACUGGAUUAUAGUGGGAGCCUCUAGGAAGGAUUUCUACACUGCGCAGGCUGUGUUGUGGGAUCACUCUGGACUCUAGCUUCAAACACCUGCAGUGACUGUUGUAACCUUUUCCAAGAGGUUGUAUAGCUGAAGGAAUAUAAAUAUUUAAAACAGUUUACUGAAAUCAUUAUACAUGCAGUGGAAUACCAUGGAAGCAGAAGAGCUGGCUCAAACACCGUAUUAGCUGACACGUGAGUCAGACAGUGAGAUUUCCUGAAACAGCGAGUUAGUGUGAAAUGUGACAACUGAUGCUGUCAGCAAUGAACCUCUUUACAUAUGCACUAUGUGAGUAUGUGUAAGGCAGAACAGGGUGAGUAUAUAAAACAAAAUUGUUCAGACAAAAUGUCACAAUCAUUGGGAAAUGUAAUUUAAUGCUGAAAGUCACACAAAAAAGCAGAUGUUAGCAUAAUAUUGAGCAAUAAUUGUGUUGAGUCAGAAUUCAGAGUUAGUUCAUUAGGACUUCCUGUUCCCUUCCAUUCUAGGACAAGCUACAAUUCAAUCACAUUUAGCAAUUUCUUAUGACUGCAUUAGUCAAUAUCAGCACUACUUGAUUGUUAAGCAGACACAGAAAUAAGAUAAAAGUGUAUUUCAUAGUCAAAUAUUUCAUUCAUAUUUGUAGUUUCCAAAAAUGAAUAUAAAUGGUUUGUUAGGUAAAAGGGUUAUUUUUAAAAAUCGUAAUAAAAUUAUUGCGUAAUUUUCAUUAUUAGGCUAGUAUUCAGGCCAUACAAAUAUUGUCUAUGCAUUUUUUUUUUUCAAAUGAAAUGCCCGUUACUUACCGCUAGUAAGGAGAAGGGUGACUGUCAUUAAAGCCAAAAGGAGAAAAAAUCUCAUGGUGAAGUCUAGGGUUAGUUUCAGUUUAAAAAACACUUUAAACAAAAAAUGUUGUCUGUCUGCUCCUCAAUACUCUGAGUUAAAUCUUAUAUUAACAACAAUCAUGUGAUCAUUACAGCAGUGAUUUUGUUGUACUUCCCUUUGCACUCGGCAUGCGUGUGCGUGUAGCUCAUGUGUAAACAGGUUUGUGGUUUCACUUUGGACAUUCACAUGUUCAUCAUCUGCAGGCCUCAUGCCUGUAUAUCUCGUGCUGUGUGUCUCUGAGUUCAAAAUGUCCCUCAGUAACCUUGCACUUCAGUUACACAUACACUCCUGAUCACUGGUGGAAAUUUGUCACAAUGUGCCCCUACACUUGAAUUAUAUUUGAGCCGUACUCGUUGCCUUUGCAAAUAAAGUAUUUGUGUGUUCAUACUCCCACACCCUUAAUAUUUUAUAGUCAGAAACCUGGCAGCCUGGUUAUGGCCGGUAGUACUGUCUACAUCUGCUUAACACCAGACACCAUCAUAGCAAUGCAGAAAAUAAGCACGGGGACACAAAUAAUAGUAUUUGCACCCAUUGCACUAUUUUGGCACUGCUGUCUUAGUUCAGAGAACUAUGGCUAUGACCCAAUAACAGCAAAGCCAGUUAGGUCACACAUUUGAAAACCAUUUAUCUAAUUAUGGGAGCAAUGCCCUGUCCAAUUCUGGGGUCCAAGUUUAUGUUUAUAAUCAACAGGAAUUUGGAUACUCCUGCAUUUUACGCUGAAGGUUGGUGCACUGCUAGAAACAAAUAACUUCAAACAAAUAAAGUGAUUUAAUUAGAUUUACCAUUAGUGUCUUCUAAAUCAUCUGAUGAAAUAUCCUAUCAUAUAAUAAGAUAAUAAUAAUAUAUACUAUAAUAUCCUAUUAUAAGAAAUAUUGUAUUAGAUAUAAUACAUGUUAACAGACAUCCAAGAUCUCUACAAAACCGGGAAUACAAUGGAUUACUUUCUUUCUUUUUUAAUUCUAAAUCUAAAAUUUAUUAGUUUUUUAAAUUUAAAACUUUAGCACAAAAUAAUGCAAUAUUUAAUAUAUUAUGUUAAUAUAUAAGUACACUAAUUUGGCUUUCUCUGGCUUUCAUGCUUCUAAAAGGCAAAAGGAAUGAGGUAGAGUGAUUAAAUGGAGUAAUUUACCUGUGGGGUAGUGCCAUUAUUCACACGUCCACAGACAUAGACAUAGUUGAGACUAAACUCUGGAUUUCACAAAGUUUUGGCUCAAGGGAAUCUUGGAAUAUUCCAUUCUCAUCUGGGGUCUGGGAUUUUUUUUUUUUAGCGCUUUUCCCAAGAAAUUAAAUCUACAGUAUAUCACUGUCUAUGCUCACAACUGAUCCUAUCAGAUAUGAAGUUUCCUAAAAGUUGAAUCUGAUCUUUCUUGAUACUACCUUGCUAUGGUAUGCUACUUUUUGAUUCCAUGGAUACUGACAAAAUGUAUAAAAAGGCAUGUAAUUACAAUACAUAGAUGUAUUUUGCCAAUCAGAAAAAUAGAUGAUAGCUUCCCUUAAUGUUAUAGACAAAUAUGUUAGUAGUAUGGAUAUUAAACGUUAGACCUGUAUUCGGCUUAAGUGUAGAUUUUGUCACUGAAUCUGUCUGAAAUAAUAUAGAUACAUAAAUAUGACUAUAACGGACGUAUUUUAGACACAGAAGAUUUUAACAGAAGAUUUUAAGGUCAGUAUGUAGAAGAAGGGUAAUUGGCUCAAGAAAAAAGUUAAUAGCAAUGCCAGUGACUCAUUACGUGGACACUGAUGCUUGUAUUAAGUAAAAUAUCCAGAGAUGGUACAUAUUUGUUUGUGGGGAGAGAGAAGCCAAUGACAAUAAAGAUGAAUUAUGGAGGAUUUAAUUUGACAUUACCCCUGAAUGAACUUCACACAGAUGUUGAUGGUUCACACGGAUGUUUUAUUACACACUGUUUUUGGGUGACCUCAAUGCCAGUACGUCACAUUCUAAUGUUAGUAUGACUAUAACUUGUUUAAAAUUUACACAAAACUCUGAUAUCUAUAAAUAAUAUUUCAAAUAUUCCCCAUGAAAGCCUGAGGCCUUAACAGCAGUAGUUUAUCAGAGAUCAUCCAACCUUUUCUGAAUUUAAUACUUGCGUCAUUGAACAUUAACCGCUUUUAAAGAUGUACUGAGACACUGACACAUGAUACUGGAUGUGGUUUCAGUGUGUAUGUGUUUGCAGCUGUAAGUAAGACCACACGCAAUAUUCCAGUAAAAAGAGGACGUUAUUGAAAACUGCUUUGCCAUUUCUUUACUACCACACAAAAACAUGAAGAACCUCCCUCAAACAUCAUCAGCAGUUAAAAAAAAAUCUUAACAGAUAAUAGUGUGAAUAACUAUCAUUAAUCACUAUCAAAAGUGUUAAAAAUCAUUCUGGGUGACCAUCAAAAUACUGCAGUUUAUCAGAAGUAAGAUGACUGAAGAAUCAUUUCAUUCAUUUCAAAUAAAUCUUAAUUCCAAAUGACUUUAAAAAAUUGGAUGUCUGAUGAUGUCCUGUAAUAAACAAAAAAGUUACUCAAUCUUUUGUCUCAUCUUUUGUCAAGACUCUUGUCUUUUGUUUAUUUUUGGAACAUUUCUUUUGCAAUUCAUUUUAAUUCAGUUCAGAGAGAAUGUAAAAUUAAAAAUGAAUAUUGCUUCCUACUCUUGAUUACUUUAGCAAAGUUACAUCAUAAGUCUCCAUUGCUCUGUAGAAAUGUGCUGGUAUUUAUAUUUUGCCUAAUAAAGUGUGUCACUUGGAAUGGCAUAAAAACACAUUGUUUUUGUUUAAACUUUUAGGUCACAAAUUACGAGUAACUUUGUCAAGUAAAUCCACGAAAAGAAGACUCAAUUUCCCAAUAGACAUUGAAAAGACAAAUAGACCAUGGCAGAGGGCAUUAAUAAAAAAACCAAAAAAACAAUAUUUUCCAAGGUUGGUGUGGAAGAACUUGAAUGGCCUGCACAGAACCCUGACCUCAAUCCCACUGAACACCUUGAACUGGAACACUGACUGUGCACCAGGCCUUCUUGCUUGACAUUAGUCUCUGCCUACUGCUCUUGUGGCUGAGUGAGCACAAAUCCCAACAGCAACGCUCCAAAUUUUAGUGGAAAGACUUUCAAGAAAAGUGAAACCUGUUACACAAGAAGGGGACAACUCCAUAUUAAUGGACAUGGUUUUGGAACGGGACGUUCAAUAAGCACAUAUGGGUGUGAUGGUCAUGUGUCCACAUACUUUUGGCCGAACAGUGUAUUAAACAUGGUGGCAUUGUUAAUAUUUUAAAGAAUUGUUCUUAGUCCCAUGUAAACUGAAUUUGACCCCUCUCUCUCUCUCUCUCUCUCGCUCUCCCUCUCUCUCACACACACACACACACACACACACACACACACACACACACACACACACACACACACACACACAGACACACACAAAUCUAAUCUAUUAAAUUCUUAUUAUAACAUACCCCCAUCUGCAUUAUAAAGUUCAGAUUCUUGCUACAGAUCUUGCUACAUGGUAAUCCUGACCUUGACAUAACUCUCAUUUUCAGAGUCAGAGAAACAAUGUAGUGAGUCAUUCAUUAAAAUGUGAUGUUUUUCAUUGGAAGUAAGAUGCUUAGCUUUUACAAGAACUGACUUAGGCAGUGAUGCCAUUGAUACCGUAAAAACACUGGCAGAGGUUUAGAUCUGUCAAAACACAUGGCAGCCCAUGUGCAUGUCUAUUGAAACAAUGCUCGAGAUAUGCAAGUAAGUUUCAGUACCAAAACUUCCAUAUGAUUGUGAAAGGUUUUGAAUACAGACAUUAAAUACAGAAAGUGUUAUUGUUCAGUUUACACACUCUUUUUAUACACUUAAAGGUUCUGUGUAGAACCUGUGUAGAAAGGGUGUUUCCCUUUCAGAAAGGUAAUAACUCUGAUAUAAGUGUUCUUUUAUCUUGAUUUGUAAGUAUCAUAGAUUUAUAGUAAAUUUUCUAGAAAUUGUUUCAUUUAUGUGCUCUAUCAUAAAGAAUUUCUUUAUGUCUCCUCCAAAAGUAUUGGAACAGCAAGGUCAAUUCCCUUGUUUUUGCUAUACACUGAAGACAUUUGGGUUUGAGAUCAAAAGAUGAAUAUGAGACAAUAAAUCAGAAUUUCAGCUUUCAUUUCCUGACAUUUACAUCUAUAUGUAUUAAACAAUUUAGAAUAUGGCACCCUUGAUGGCAGACCACCCAAUUUUUAGGUGAACAAAAGCAUUAGAACAGAUAGUCUUGAAGUAAAUUAAAGUAAAUAACACUUAAUAUUUGGUUGCAUAUCCCUUGCUUGCAAUAACUGCAUCAAGCCGGUGACCCACCGACAUCACCUUUUGUGAUGCUUUUCCAGACUUGUACCUUAGCUUUCAGUUGGUGUUUGUUUUGGUGAGUUUCUCCCUUCAGUCUCCUCUUCAGGAGGUGAAAUGCAUAUGUGAUAUGCAAUGUUUUUGUCAUCAACUGCUGUUGUGUUCCUUGGCCGACCUGUUCCAUGUCUGGUUGUUAGUACACCAGUGGUUUCUUUCUUUUUCAGGACAUUCCAAAUUGUUGUAUUGACUAUGCCAAGUGCUUGUGCAAUGGUUCUGAUUUUCCCUCUUUUCUCAGCUUCAAAUGGCUUGCUUUUUUCCCCAUAGACAGUUCUCUGGUCUUCAUUUUGGUUUAUCCUUCUUAACAAAUGCAAUCUUUUUUAACAAAUGCAAACAAAACCCAGGGAUCAAACCAAGAGUAGACAUUCAGAGCUAUUAAUUGUUUAAACAAUCAGUCUAACAGGGCACACCUGGGCAACUAGAAACACCUGUCAGUCACAUGUUCCAAUAUUUUUUGAUCACUUGAAAAAUGGGUGGGUUCAAACAAAAUGUGCCAUGUUCUAAGUUCUUUAACACAGCUAGAUGUAAUUAUCAGGAAACGAAAGUUGAAAUUCUGAUCUGUCAUCUCAUGUUCAUCUUUUGUUUUCAAACCCAGAUGUCUUCAGUGUAUAGCAAAAAUAAAAGAAUUGGCCUUGCCAUUCCAAUAUUUUCAGAGGAGAUGUGCUUUAUAAAUAAAGAUGCAGAUUAUCUUUUAAUGUAUUAAUUAAUGAAUUAAUGAGUUCAUUCAUUCAUGUUUCUCUUUCCCCAAGGCUGCCUAUGUGAACAAGGGGAGAUCAUGCAAUACUCUUCACAGAUAGUAACCUGACCUCAGGAUGGGACCCAGGACCCUGGAGCUGUGUUUAAGCUAUCCACUGCAACACCACCAUUGAUUGAUCGACUGAUUAACUGAUUGAUUGAUUGAUUGAUUGAUGCAGUAAUAUUAGGAUGCCCAGACCAUGCUGGAUGGUUCUGUUAUUUUAGCCAAUAUAAUUAAUGAUGUAAUGUCAUUCAUAAGUGAUAAGCCAAUCAGUUGCUAGUUUAUGAUUCUAUGUAAAACAGUUAUUGAUGCUUGAAAUUACAAGUCCUUGAAUGUACAUUAUAUGGUCGAAAGUAUGUGGACACCUAACCAUCACACUCAUAGGUAUUCCCCAAACUGUUGCCACAAAGUGCUGUAUGCUGUAUUAUUAUUAUUUACCCCAUGUGCACAAAGUAAGAUCCAUAAAGACUUCAUAAAGGUUCGAAUUCAUUUAUUUGCCACUGUGUGGGAUUUAGAGACGUUCUUUCAUUAUUCAUACUGGUGUAUGUCCCAGUUAUUUAGAGCCAUGACUAUGAAGCUGUGAAUAACACAGACAGUAUAGAGUUUUCAAAACACUUUAUUAGUAAUAUUAGUGAAAUGUUCAUAAAUGUUCAUUGUUGUAAAUACAAAAAUUAAACAUUUGUUGAUUUUAUUAAAUAUAGACAAUGUAUAAAAAUUCUCCUAGAACUUAGAUAAUUACUCAUAUGAUGAGUGAUGAAAUACUGAAAAUACUGAAAUACUGAAAAUAGAAUUUUAGUCCAUCAGCUCUUCUUUCGUUUUCCUUCACCCAUCUUCAACUUAGUAGCAUUUUAUGGUGCCAGGUUCCUUCUGCAGGGAUGAAGAGAAAGAUUUUAAUGUUAAUAUUAGUUAAUAACUGACAAUUUAAAACGCUUAGUUUUUGACAUUAUAUGGCAAGCCACGUUUAUGACAACUGGACCAGAUUAACUUCAGUCCUAUCAAUCUGCAUCAAAUGCAAUGUUGUUUGGUCUUAAAAUUACUAAUGAGUACUAGUGACACAUUCAUGUGUAUAGGUGAGAGUAAUAUGACAGGAAAACCUGUAAUUGUGAAACUUACCUUCUGAGGGCGUUCUGAACCCACUUGUCGUUGGGGUUGAGGCACAAAGUAAUUUCCUUCCGGAAUUUCACUGUAGCACUGCAAGUACAAGACAUUGUUAUUUUAAACAUCUGUGAAAAUAGCUGAGUCUAGGCCUAAAUCAGACUGACCUGUAACACCUACAUAUAUUUAGCAAGCAAAUUAGCUUUUGUAAUAAUGACUGGAAAUUUGGCAGUUAAAGUCUCAGGACAGUCAGAAAGCGACUGAUGCGGUUGCUUGGUAUAAAUGUGCUUAUCAGCUAUGAAUUAAUGUUAUAUAUGUGACCCAAAAUAAAUGUAAACUUUUUUCAUUAAUGCUUACAUUAUUUCUAUAUAUUUGCAGUGAGGACCAGGCUGAAAUCUCUCCAUCUUCACAAUUCUAUGAUCAGAGAUUUCCCUUGGCACAGUUUCUGUACACCGACAUCGGGGCUGUAUUAGAAGUCCUGUUGUAUUAAAGAGGAAGACAGAUGUGAUCAAUGGAAAAGCAGAGACAUAUUUCUAAAGUGUCACUGAAGCGUAGCAUUUUUCUACUUCCGUAAUUGUAGAGAAUUAUCAUCAAGAUACACAACUGGACCUUAAAAAUAACUGUUGCACAACUGAAGGUACAUUUACAUUAUUUGUAUUGUGGGGAACAAAAACAUGUACAGUAGUACACCUGUACAGUAGCUUUUUUUAAUUUUAUACAAUUCAGGUUUUUUUUUUUUUUUUUGGUACUGUUUCAGUUAUUUUCAGUUUGAGUUAUUUUCAUUUUGUUUUAAAUCAUUUAAUAAUUUUAUUUCAGUUAACAAGAACAAUAAUUUGCUAUAAUAAUAUUUAAUUUUCCUGUUUAUUAAGUAAAGAGUAAUUAAUGUGACUUAAACGGUUAAAGCAUGUCUUUGUGAUAUUCAUUGCUUCAGGAAAAUGGGUGCUAUAAGUUUGGUUUGAGGAAAUUCCUGCUUGAACCCACUUUUACUCAUUUUAUUCCCAAUUCUAUAACUGUUUUCCUUAUCAGUUUAGUAUAACUUUAGUUCCUUAUCUUCCAUAAGCCAAAUUUUAUUUCAUCUACAAGACAGGUAUGUCUACUAACGUGGCCAGUGAGAAUACCCAGUGAAAAUGAAAUGAAAAAUGAUAAGAAUACAAAAAUGUAUCCUUAAAUAAUCAAGACAUUAUCAAUACAAUUGAUGUCACUAAAAAUUAUAUUGGAUAUCAUCAUAUUUUUUUUAAUUGAACAUCAAGCCCUGCCCAGAUACAGUGGAUAUAAAAAGUCUACACACUCCUUUCAAAAAUGCUCGGCUCUCAAAAUCGUAAAGUCAUUCCACAAGUUUUUAAAAGGAUUUAGACCUGGGCUCUGUCUGUGAUAAGCUGUCUUGUUUUUGCAUAUAUAUAUAUAUAUAUAUAUAUAUAUAUCCUUUAGAACAUAUCUUUUAGAAUUAUGCCCAAAUAGUUCUAUGUUGUACGUUUUGGCAAUUUUUUUAUUUGUGAAAAGGGCUUCCAGACAUGAAGAAUACAAAAGACUGUUGUAACCUGCAGGGAGUGACUAGUCCCUGCCAGAUAUUCAUGCAGCUCUUUUAAUAUUGCUGUAGGUCUCUUGGCAGCCUCCCUGAUAAGUUUUGGUCUUAAGUUUGGUCUCCUUUCAUCAAAUUUGGAGAAAUGGCUUGCUCAUGGUGAUGUCACAGUGGUGCCCCAUUUUCUCUCCAUCUGUUGAUGAUGGCUUUCAUGGUGUUCCAGGGUACAUCUAAUAUUUUGCAAAUUCUUUUGUACCUCUCUCCUGAUGGAUACCUUUCGACAAUGAGAUCCCAUACACGCUUUGUAAGCUCUUUGAAGACCGUGCCUUCGGCAGUCAGAUGAGACAAAGAAAUGUCAAGAAAAUCCUACAGAAACUGCGGAAGAGAAAAGGGAGAAAAUGCUGGCUUCUUGCCAAGUUCAAAUCCAGGAUACCUCACAUACCAAACACAUGCGUCAUUGUUCAUCUGGGAACUCUGUGAGGGAAAGACCUUAGUGUGUCAUUCAUGAAGAAUUUCUGCUUUUCAGAGGAAGAUCUGAUUAUCUUUUAUAAGAACUGACAUAGUCUGUGGAGUCACUGUUACUGUAAUCAUUGGCAGAGGUUCAGAGCUGUCAGAACCUGUGCCAAAAUGGUUCCAGUAGAACAUGUUAAUGUCUGUUGGAAAUUCCUGAGAAACAAAAUGAGGACCAGGUUGAAAAAUCUCCAGCUUCACAAUUCUAUGAUCAGAGAUUUCCUUUGCCACUGUGUCUGUACACUGACAUCGGUGAUACAGGGCCGGAACUCCUGCAGAGGAAGAGAAAUGUGAUCAGUGCACAACUUCUCUGAUGAAAAUAUGAAUAGUCUUGGUUUUUUUUUUUUAAUGCCUAAAAAAAUUCUUGGAAAAGAACAAUUUAUUUUAUUGCACUCAUGAGCAAGAUGUUCUUAGUAACUUCCUGUGUGCAAGUUGCCUCUUUAAUGAAAUACACCUAAAAGCAUGAAUUGAUAUAGCUUCUUAAGAAACCAGUAAUAUAGCCAACUCUAUAAAGAAAAGUAAAUAUUCAACAAAAUGUACUUACCUUCUGUCAUUGCCAAGAGAGCACAGGUUAAAACAGUGAUAGCUAGAGCUGAAGACUUCAUUAUUUUUUUUAAUUAAAGAAAUUCAGGAGACCACUUGUGUCAAGUGCUGCAGAGUUCUCAGCUAAGAAACUGAGCUUAGGGCCCUUUUAUAGUCCUUCGGCUUCCAAUGAAAAUGAAAGAUUGCAUAACAGACAUUCUCCCCAUGAAAUUCAGUGCUCUUCCAGCGAAGUGAUCACUAUUUGAAGUGAAGUGAAGUGAAUUAUUUACGUAAUAUGCUACUUCCUUUACUGAUAUACAACCAUUUUUCUGUAACAUUAAAUUUUAGUUAGAAAGUAAUGUUUGGAAAUAUAAAGCUUUUUACUGACUGAGUAAUGCAUAAGUCAUAAGGAGUAAGAGAAAGGCUUGGAGCGCUGGCUUCUUGACAUGUUAUUACGUUAUCAAACUCAGGAAGUCACAAACCAAAUACACACGUUAUUGUUCAUCUGGGAAUGCUGGGAGGUGAGUGGAUGCACAUGAAAGUGAAAAUACCUCUUAAAAUGUAAACUUUCUGAGUAGUGAGGGAGAGAGGAAAAGAUCAGGGUGGCUAGUAAACAUAAUGGUUUGAAUCAGAUUCCAAAAUCAGUGAGAUCCAAUAAUGCUGCACAAACCCACCAUUUUCUCUCAGACUCUUACCAAUGCAAUAUUUGUGACUAAUUCACAAUGUUGUCCGUUAGCAUAUAACCUAUUCAGAUUAUUUAUCUUGUAUUUUUUGUAUGUAAAAAAAUAAAGUGAACAAAUUAUAUCACAGAGAAAACUCUUACAUUUAUUAAUCUUGUGUAUACAUAAGGAACAAAAACCUCCAACAACUAAAUAUUGGCAACUAAAGAUUGUUUUUACUGUCCUAAUGUGAAACUGUAUUUAUAAUUAUGACCCUAGUAAAAUGUACAAUGCAUGAUAAUGUGAUAAUUGCAUAAUAUGAUAUGAUAUGAUAAUAAUUCCAUAUAGGCUUUGAAGGUUUUACCGGUGAAUAAACACAAAUAAAUUGUUGGCUGAACACACUGAAACCUACUUCAGUGAAACACUCUCA